UUUUCAACUACCUACCCUAAAUUUUAUUCAGCUUUGUGUGUGAAUUGAAUCUUGAUUUAGUUAUUGAUGUCAAAACUGCUGAAAUUCUGACUACUAAAACAAUAUGGAAAUUAAUAAAGACACCGCUUUUUUAAUAGUAGUAAAAAUGUCAUUUCGUUCACUGCACAAUUCGUAUUGCAAGACUUCGGAAAAAUUUCUUAAUGCAUCAAAGGUAUUGAUCGAAUCGUUGCUAAGAAAGCCAUUGGCAAUGACUUUAAUAGCAGCCUGGUUAUUAAAUUUACUGCUUAUAUCUACGUUUUUUUCUGUAACUGUUAUUUUGAUGACCUCAACUAUAUUUCUAGUAAUUGUAUUUUUAGAAGGUGUUUUGUUCUUUUGGAUUUUUUACAUGUGCUGCGUAAUUAUCACUUUACUGGCCUUAUUAAUAAUAUCUACGAUAGGAUUUUUACAGCAUGUUUAUGAAACUUUAUAUGGAACAGAACCAAGAAUAGUAAAUAUAUCAGUUUUAUAAUAUUGU